AAAACGAUGAAGAGAAAAGCCGCGAGGGUCUGGAAACUGAGAAUAUACAACUGAGGGUAAGAUGUUUUGGGAAUACUGUUUGAGUACAGAUUAAAACGAGGAUUUUUCGAAGAAUGUUCAAAGAAACAAUGUCAAUGGAGGAAAUACGUGAUUUGACUGCGAAACUUGCAGCAUGUGAAUACAAACAACAACGAGAGCAGAGACGACAACAAGGAAGUCCACAAGAAAACAGCUACAUUUCCACGAGUAGCGAGACUCGUCACUCCAGAUUCAACAGCGAGACGGAGAGCGCUCAGGGUCGAGAGUCGGAAUCUCCCGAUAAAAUUGGUCAAAAGGUGUCGAACGUUGCCGACAGCUUGACAAGCAACGGUAGCGUGUUCACACGCGAGGAAAGAGGUGGAAGUUUAAUAGAAGAUAUUAAAAACGCUGAUCGUUUUAUCGCCCUACCAAACGGUAGUAGCGUUUCCGAUGAAGAAACUUUAACGGUCAUGUCAAACGUUUCUGUUGAAUCCUCGUGAUAUUGAAAAGAUUCUUGGAGGAAUAUGGCCGUGUGUUCUACUGAAGAGAAUAUUUAUGGAUCCUGUUUCAGGAAAGAUGAGAUUUGACAAUGAACUGUGGUACAACUUGACUACCACGAAGAUGUUUCCACAUAAAGAUUAACUCCUACGAGAAGAAAGUUAAUUAUAAACGAUCGAAUCGACUUACUAAACCUUUCCCACAAUAAAUAUUCAAACGCAAAAAACGACAUGCAUUUCGUUAAGAAAAUGUGAAACAUUUUAUGCU